AUGGGACAACUCAUGAAGGACACCGACAUCUGUUCGGACGACAUCAUCCGGACGUUCAUCUCGCGCCGGGUGCUUCCCCUCAAGCACCGGGCCCAUAAAAUGAGCGAAAUGUAUGGCCCUGGCGAUCCUACCAAGAUCACCUGCCUCCCUCUAAGCAAAGAGGAUGCAAAACAGCGCUUCCCUCGCAUCGCGGCGGAGCAGCGAGGCCCUUGCCGGAAUCGGGCUCUGGACACGGUGGACCCGGAUCCUUACAUCCAUUGGACCGACAUCAAGAUGGGCCGCACGCACACCCCGCGCCCCGAUGCUCCCUCAGCCGGCACCAACCCACAGGUCCUGGACCACGUCACACCGCUCCAGGCCGAGGUUGGCCAUGAGUUCCUGGAGAAGCUCACCUCCCAGGGCAAGAAGAAGAAGGCACCGGCAUCUGAAGCCGGCCCCAGCGAGGCUCCUCCCGCCAAGCGCCAACGGCAAGAUGUUGUCGGCGGGAAGGUGGUCUCCAAGAAGAACUACCGGAGGCGGGAGAUGCCGGUUUCUUCCGGUGCCGCACUCAAGACUUCCAAGAGUGCUUCCGGCAUUCCCCCGGAGAGCUCUGAAGAAGCCGUGAGGCCUUCACCUCCACCUCAACCAAGCCCGGCACCAUCUGGUGCCGGCAACUCUUCUGCCUCCCCUCCAGGGGGCACAACAAGUGCGGGGCACGCAGCCCCUACACCUCCAGAUCACCGCGCGGAGGGGGACAAAGCUUCCCCUCCAGAGAUUCAAGACACUGGCGCCAGCAACAUCGGUGCCAAUACCGAAGAUGCCGGGGGGCUGGAGCCUUUGGCUCCUACCGCCCCGAAGAAGAAGAAGAAGAAGAAGACUGCGGAUUCUUCCUCCUCCAAGCCCGUGCCGGACUCUUCCGCGCCGGCAGGCUCAGCUCCGGGCCAGGACGCACCCGACGCCCGUUCGCCGCUCAAGACAACGCCUGCGCCUCCGCCAGAAAAUCCCACCGGCAAGCCAACUGUGGCCAAGCCGACGCCGCCGCCAAGCAAAGGACCCAGCGCGGCUGAGCCCACGCCGUUUUCAAGGCAAGGACCCGCUACGGCCAAGCCGCCGCCGCCGCCAGAAGGCACCAAGCCCCUCAAGCCGGAACCUUCCAAGGCGGAGGCCACAGCUUCCGGCACUCCUGCCUCCGGCCCGCAGCCCUUGGUGCUACACGCCGGCCACGCCGCUGUCGUGGCCGGAGAAAAGGCUUCCGGUCAGCUAGGUCAAAUCACGGAGCUGACGCGCGGAGGCAACGAGCUGGGGCACCUGCUCGAUUACGCUGAGAAGUGGAAUUGA